AGUUGCAGUUGCGAAUUAGCAUCGCACAGACGCGCUUUUUAUUGUCUCUCGCUCGCAAGCAGUAAUUGAAGAUUUCAUUAACUUAUUGUUCUUGUUGUUAAAUUUGUUAAUUUUGUUGUUUUUGUUGUUGUUAUUGUCGUUUGACAAAGAAUGGUGCACAAAAAGGAUGAUGAACAGCUGAUGGCACAGCGUGUGGAUGAGUUGCGACAGUUGCUCAAGUCGCAGCCGCAACUACCCCACAAUAUCCCGGCCACUUUGUUACGACGUUUCCUACACACGACGAGGGGUGAUGUUGCUGCCGCACAGCGUCUGCUGCAGCUCAACUAUGCCAUGCGCAACAAGCACCCGCAAAUCUUCAUCGAUCGCGAUCCAUUCGAUGCCAGCUCCCAGCAACUGCUGCAAGUCGCUGAUCUGGUGCCGCUGCCCGGCCUGACGCCGGAGAACAACAAACUGCUCUUUUACCGCCUGAUUGAUUACGAUGCGGACAAGUUUAACUUUACCGCCGGCAUCAAGGUCUUCUUUAUGGUCGCCGACUGUCGCUUUGCCACUGAAUCGGGUGGCCGUCUAUCGGAUGGCGAGAUACCCAUCUUCGAUAUGGCCGGAUAUACGCUGCGCCAUCUGACGAAGACGGUGCUCAGCUCGCUGCGCGUUUACAUGAAGUUCGUGCAGGAGGCGCAUCCUGUGCGUCUCAAGGAGAUCCAUGUGCUCAAUUGCCCAUCGUAUCUGGACAAGGUGCUGACGGUCGUCAAGCCGUUCAUUAAGAGCGAGGUCUUCAAGCUAAUUCAUUUCCAUCUACCCGAUGCGGAUACACCCUACAAGCACUUUCCACGCGCCAUGCUGCCCGAGGAGUACGGCGGGGAGGCGGGCAAAAUGUCCCAGUUGAAAGACCAUUGGAUGCAGCUGCUCCAGCAGCAACGCGAAUACCUGAGCGAUGCCACCAACUGGCAGUUGAACAAGUGCAAGAAGAGCGGAAGCAGCAGCAGCAGCAGCUCCUCCGAUUCGGUGACGCAGAGCCUUAAGACACUGGAAAUCGAUUAAUUGUAUUUAUACCAACUUUCCUGUAUAUAUCUACAUACAUAUUUGUACAUAUUUCCCCAACUGGGUUUGGCUUUAGUAAAUAUUUGCUUUGAUAUUGUAAAACAAACAAAAUUCUGCUA